AUGAAUCAAUUUCAAUUACCAGCCGAAAAUAAUUUUUUCAGCAUCGGAAUACACUCGUUGAUCUCUCUUUCAUCAAAUAACGACACCAACAACAAUGGAACGAAUCCAAAUUCCAUGAACGUUCCUGAAUGGUUCGGCUGGAUCGGAGUUGUGAUUUGUAUUCUCGCAUGGGGUACCUUUGGUCUUCCGUUAAAAGUAAAAUGGGUUCAACAAGCCAACAUGAAUCCUUUCAUAUUUCAAUUUUACUUUUCCUCCGUAGUGUUCAUCACUUCAUUCAUAGUCCUUGCUUGGAAUGAUUGGUAUUUCUCCUUGUGGGGAAUGCUCGGAGCUGCUUGUUGGGUUCCGUGCUCCUUAUUAUCCUUAGUGGCCAUUUCAAAAUUAGGACUUGGCAUUGCACAAGGAAUUUGGAGUGGAACCACUAUUAUGACAAGUUUUGUUUGGAGUGUUACCUUGUUUCAAUCUAGGAUUGGAAAUUAUUAUUUGACUGCUUUGGGUUUGGUGUUGAUGGUGGUGGGAAUUGUGGGAGUGGCUACAUGUUCGAAAUGGAAUACUAAUGUGGUUGCAGUUGAUAUCCAGGAUAAGCUUCCGGAAAAUGAUGAAAAAGAACAUUCAUCCGAUCGCCAUGUCACUGAGGAUCAUCAUGAUGGUUCAGAGGACACUAGAUUUCAUGAGACACACCAAAAAGCAGAAGUUGCAAAAUUGAAUAACGACGAGGAUGAUUUGGAAUUAAGGCCUAAAAAACACCUUAAAUUUGUGAAAUACCUUACCAAAUCUCAAGAUUACAUUAUUGGAGUGGUGUGCGCAAUUGGAGUUGGAAUUUUUGGAGGCUCAAUGUUUGUUCCAACACGAUUGGAGACUCAUCAAGGAGUGGCUUAUGUGAUUGGCUUUGGUGUCGGUGCAAUGGCCAUUACUUCAUUUUUGGUGUUGAUAUUUCUGAUUUAUUAUUUUGUUAGAUAUAGAGUGAUAGUUCCUUUCCAUCCUAAAAUUGCAAUCUUUCCAACACUAACUGCUUGUUUGUGGCAAAUCGGCAAUAUUUUUGGGUUCUAUGUAGCGCUUUCUCCCCUGGGCAUGACCAUAGGUAUUCCUUUAACACAAACGAGUUUGGUUGUGGCAGGAUUAUGUGGAUUAAUUUUUUCAAAGAAUUAA